GGCAUAGGUUUGGGAGAGACGGCCAAAAUAUUAUGUGAUGUGGACGCACGACCCCAACAAAUCUUCUUCCAGUGGUCUUUCAACGACACCGUAAACCCGGACCUCAAAUACUUGAGCGAAGGCCAGAGGAGUUCCCUUUCAUACACUCCCAAAACGAGAGACGACUUCGGGUUUGUCUCGUGUCGGGGAAGGAAUGUUGUCGGCACUCAACAAACGCCUUGUGUUUACACUAUUAUUCCCGCAGGAAAACCCGAAACUGUUGUCAAAUGUGAUUCUUCUAAUAUCGGUUUUACAUCAUUUACGGUAAACUGUUUGCCCGGUUAUGACGGAGGGCUUCGGCAGACGUUUGGUUUAGAAGUUUACGAAAAAAUUGACGAGAAAUUAGUGCUUAAUUUGACAAAUAGUUUGGUCUCAUCUUUUGAAUUAAGUGCUUUACAAUCGGAUACUAACUAUAAUAUCAAAGUU